AUGCUGCCGACGACGUUGACGAGCUUGAUUGUCUCGUUUCUCGACGUUUUCACCAGCAGAUACCAUUUCUCUACCACCGCCCCCGCCCCCGCCCUCGCCCCGCGCCCUGCUAAACUUCAGUUCCAGUUACGGCACUUACAUGCUGUCUCGCCGUCUGCGCACGUAGUCUUCUCUGAUAUCACACCUGACUCUAUUUCACGGCGGCCAGUCUACGAUAAUUACACGACACAUGAAUUUCUGUCGGGGUCGAACCAGACGACCUACUCGCUUCACACACGCCCGCUGCGCACCCACCGUUUGAAGUCAUUUCAAUCACACUCGGAAGCCCGGUUACGAUCUCUUCAUCAUCUGCAGACCACUCCUGCCCAUCAAUUGUGGGAUGAACCAGAGGAAGUGGAUGGUCCAGAUGUACAGAAUCGAGAGACCCUUCUUGAGUUGGCUAAGAUGACGAAUAAUGCGUAUCUGGAGCCUGGACAAGAUGGAUGGUAUGAUUUGGACGAGCGGUGGAAUGUCUCGUAUCCUUUUGGCUGGGAACCUGAUGCUGACGGCUUUCGAGGCCAUGUCUUUGCAACCCCCGACAAUUCCACGGUUGUUCUCUCAAUCAAAGGCACUUCUUCUGGCUUCUUCGGGAAUGGCGGACCGACUGUGAAGAAAGACAAGCUAAACGACAACCUGCUGUUUAGCUGUUGUUGUGCUAGAGUAGAUUUCACUUGGUCUGUGGUCUGCGAUUGCUGGAGGGGAGGUGGCAAGUGCGAUAUACAGUGUUUGGAAGAUGCGCUGGUGGAAGAGAGUUUGUUUUAUCCGAUUGGGACUAAUCUUUACAAUAACCUAACAUAUAUGUAUCCGGACUCGGACAUCUGGGUGAUUGGGCAUUCCUUGGGCGGUGCGCUAGGGAGUUUGUUGGGUGCGACUUUUGGUGCGCCCGUCGUGACGUUCGAAUCUCCUGGAGAGAAGAUGGCUGCAGGGAGGCUACAUCUGCCUUCCCCCCCCUCCACACAUCAUAUCACCCAUGUAUACCACACAGCAGACCCAAUAGCCAUGGGUACAUGCACAGGCGUAUUGUCCUCAUGCGCGAUCGCUGGCUACGCCUUAGAAUCACGUUGUCACUUAGGCAAGACGAUUCUGUACGACACAGUCUCGGUACUCGAUUGGAGCGUCGACGUGCGCAAACAUGGUAUAGUCAACGUCAUAGAGAAGAUUCUUGCGGAACCGUGGCCUCCGAGCAUUGAAGAGGACAGAGAAGUCCCCGAAGCGAAGGCGGAAGAAGAUUGCGUGGAAUGCUACAGCUAUGAAUUCGGUGAUUUUCCGUGA